AUGUUGAAGCACCAACAGCCUGCAUUUCUCUCGAAAGCGAGCUUCGUAGCGACUGAAUGCACUAAAUCGACACUUCAGUACGGAAACGUGGUGCAGAACGUUCUACCGAAAGACUAUCGAUGGCCAAAUGCCACGAUACCGUACAUGUUCGAUGAAUCAUUGCUCAACACACCACAGCGUACGAUUAUUCGUGCUGCAAUGGAAGUACUGCAGCAUCGAACUUGUGUACGGUUCGUAGAAAGAAGUCGCGAGGUCCAGCAUCUGUUGAUCACCGCCGAGGAAACCAGUGGAUGUUGGGCAGAUACUGGCCAACAAACAGGCACGACAUACUUGAACCUGCCAUCGUACUGCACACAAUCUAUCGGAACGAUCCUACACGAGCUGCUGCACGCACUAGGGUUCCUUCAUCAGCACACGCGCCCAGAUCGAGACCGGUAUGUGUGUGUUCGGUACGAAAAUGUACUUCCCCAGCCAUCCGCUCUGUACAACUACGAGAUCGUGUGGCCCUGGACUCAUCUUGCCUUUCCGUUGCCCUACGAUUUCGAAAGCAUCAUGCACUACACCCCGGACAUGUACAGCAUAGCUCCGGGACGUUCAAUGACGAUGGUGCCCCGACACCCGUGGAACAUCUCGCAGCUAGGCCAGCGGAACCAUUUGACGGAGCAUGACGUACUGGCAAUACAUUUUGUUUAUUGCGUGUAG